AUGGCCCUUCCAGGAACUGUCCAGGCUUUGAUCGCCGCCUUUUCCUUUGGUAUCUUGGUCAACGCUUCAUCAGCAGGACUCGUUCUUUACAUCAAAGGCUAUGGCUCGGCAAUCUUUCGGGAUGGCCUGAGGCUGGCCCUCAUCACAUUUCUUGCGUCUUCGGCCCUGUGGGCGCAAGUCGAAUUCAUCUCCACCGUCAUCGAACCGACUGCCGCAUCGGCAUGCCAGGUCACCGUGAUUUUCUCCUCGCUCUUCGACCAGGUCGCCCGCGUUUCCAUCGAGCAAUAUCUAUUAUGGGCUGUGGCGGACCAGGGUUCGAAGUCGGUGUCUGGCAUGAUACCGCAGGCACUUCUCCUUUCGAGAUUUAUUAUUGGCAUGGUGUUCGUGGGCGAAACCCGGGUCCAGUUCAACCCAACCUGUGUACCGGUAUCGAGUGUUGUCCCCGUGGCCAUUGUCGUCAUUGCGGUGGACGUUGUCAUUCUCGCAUAUCUAGCCAUCCGGGCCUUCUCGUCCGCCCCUAAGGAUGCCGGCGGAAACCAACAGGCCGUAUUUAAAAGGAAGGCUGUGCUUCUAACUAUCGCUGCGCUGGCAAUUUGGCUAGGGACGAGUGUGACGCUCCUCCUGGGACUGCACACGAUUGAUUUGUUGUUCAGAACGACCAUUCCAGCUAUAGGUCUCUCGAUUUUAGUUGCUCUCGUGACUAUCUUCUCGGGAACUCUUGUAUCCAUGCGAGAUAACCGACCCCGGUUACCAGGUUCACCGACGCCCCGGGACUUGAACGCAGAUCGGGACAUAUCGUCGGCAGACUCUGACUAUCCUCCGGCCCGAUACGAGGAUGUCAAGGGCAUGAACACCACGUCUGUGUCUGCCUAUGCCGCAAGGAACGAUGCCGACCAAACGUUGCCCAACAUUAUGAGGCCAGUAACUGGUUACAUAGGCAUGGGCGGAGCCCCAAUCCAGGGCCAACUCUUUCCACCCAUGCGGGCAAUGGAGCAGCCAACGGAGUCCACUCAGCAAAUCCCGAGAACCAGAGCGCAAAUCAGCAAGCCCAAGUCGAGCUUUUUUGACCGCGUAAGGGGGGCUCCUGCUGCAAACAUCACCGUCGGAAGGUUUGCCAUCUCGGCUCCCAUUGUGUCGGACCACCCAGACAGACCGAACCCUCUGAACAGGAUGCCAACCAUUGAUCUGGCCACAGCUGCGAAGAACGAAAAGGACAGACGGGAGGAACAAGCGCAAGCGCAGAGAGAACCCAUGCUCAUCGCGCAGAGACCGGCGCCUAUACCACCGACUAUGUCGCAGGAGGAUGCAAUGAAGAGAGCCGCCAGUACCAAGCGAAAGACGCUGGCUGAAGUACCACCUCCCGAAGUUGCCCGUUCCGAUUCGAUGAAGACAUCACAGACGUAUGGUGGCUUGUCCGUGGAGGGAAACGCAUCGUCAACUUCUGCUCAGCUGUCUCCUAAUAAGGACGAGUUAAGGAGAAGGUCGCCACGACAGGCUGUGCCCACCCAAACGCCGAAUUUCCAGCCUAUUACUCCUGGCGGGCCUAUCCGCAUCCCCAUUCCCAGGGCGCCAACACCACCAGAGACGGCACCAGCGAAGAUACAAGAACCGGUUAAAACGCCGUUACAACGUCGACCGACUAUUGGAUUGCCUUCAAAUCCUCGUGCCCAAGCGCUGAAGACCGUGACUUCAGAGUCCACUGUACAGAGACAGCAGACAGUCAUGUUUAUCAAUAACAUCGUGUACGAUGAUCCCAACAUUGUCGAUAGCAUCAUGCAAGUGGCCUCCAAGACGCCGUUUUCACCCUUGAAGUCGUCUAAAUCUGUCGUCAACCGGCCGCGUCCUAUCCCAAGGAAGGCCGAGAUGGACUCCCCGAACAACGUACACAGGCGCUCAAAAUCUGGUGGCUCCAUCUAUAGCAGAAAGUCUCUCUUUCAAUCCCGUCCUGGCAGCCCCACACAACUACCACCUCUACCACCGCCCCCAAUGAGUGCUGGAACGGCCCUGCGACCACUCCCAAAUAACACCAAGAGUAUGACCUUUGAUGAGAAAAUGGCCUUGUUAUUCCCGCCUCUGAGCGCAUCGUCAACUACGACAAGCGUUAAGCGGCGGUCAUCCGUCCCAGACCUACCUCGGCUGCCACUACCAUUCCUAGAAGAGAGUACAAAAGCACCCACGGAGACCGUGGAGGAAGGUAGAGCUGAUGAGAGAAGGUCGAAGACUACGGCUACAGACGGAAGCAGUGUUCGAACGCAAAGCACUCUUGGUGUUGACCGGUCAAACCAAAGAGAAGCACAAAACAGUCAGCGCAAUCUAGGUAAUGAUCCCGGUAACUCGUAUAUGCCCGGGUUUCCGAUUGGCCAGGAGACGACACGACAGCCAUCAUACAUGGAUAGGAAACGCCAGUCAUCUCCAGUCCUACCUGCCGGCAGGCUCUCCGACAUGUCGGGAAUCAGUGAAGCAAAAUCUCGAGACGAGGUAGCAACGACCAACUGGGGCUCUGUGCACUCGCCCAUUGCUCCAGUCGAUAUAAACCAAUCGUGGCUUACCGCCCGUUCAACCUAUAUCUCAAAGGACUCGAAUGAACCCAGCUCGGAGCAGCAUCCAGUUCCGUCGGGUAUUGGUGGAUUUGGUCAGGAGGUAAUGACAGUUAUGUUGGAUACUUCGUUAACACACGCGGCCGACAACCAACAAUUCUUCUUGGAAGAUGAUGAGAGCAAGUUGCCUCAUUCUGAAAAGUCUGGAAACCAAAUUUCGAGUCAGUGGCAUCACCGUGUUGGAGAAGAAUGCCCGACAUUUUCCGCCAGACAAGACAAGCUGCGUGCCAGGAAGAUGCCACCUCCCACGCCUCUACUUCUGAACGGGAUGAGCAACAAAAAUGCCAUGGUUGUGCCAACCGCGGAGCCCUCGCCUGUUGAGUCCCCUGAAGCAGCCUAUCGAAAGAUACAAGCACAGCUGCAAAAUUUUGAACAGCCCAACCGUGACUCUGUCGAAAGUCAGGGGAAACGCAUUGCUUUACUAGAGAACCUCGAGCUCGAGAUGGGUCAACAAGAAAAUAAGUGGCAGUUGAUGCAACACAAUCUUGAUCGCGACUCUCUGUCUACUGUGCAGAGUUCGCGGCCAGUUUCCACAGCCAACGCAACAGCGGCCAAUGCGACAGCGGCCAAUGCGACAGCGGCCAAUGCGACAGCGGCCAAUUCCCUCUCGAGACAAUCCUCCAUCAAAUCGAUUGCUGCUGACCGGAGAGCAUCUCGACGAGCUCGUAUGCGAAGUGGAAGCAGGUCGAGUCUGAAGGACGAUGAAAGUGCCGAAACGCCGUCUUCACAGAGCUCUACCAGCAACAGGGCCAGUGCUUGGCAAUCACGUUUGGCCGAAGCUCAGCUAGAGUAUGCGGAAAACGCACCAGACUUGCUCAUGAAACGCAACAACUUGAACUUCCUGUCUGUCUCCAAGGUUGGUUUGGGCAGCCCAACUCCUCCGGACACAAACGAGUCCGACUCUGAAAAUGAAGCCGGCUUCCAGACUCUGGCACCUAAGGUCUACGUGCCACCCGUCCAAGUACGCGGACUCUGGAAGCCCAGCCGACCCGUGGAGCAGAUAUACAAGGGGACACUGUGGACAUCACCGGCCCAGAAGCCGUUCGAAACUUGCGAGUCUCCUGCUCUUACGGGCCUGUCGGUUCGUCCAGCGGCCAGGAAAUCCUCGGAGCCCUUAGUCGUUGAGAGCUCCAGCUUAUGGCAGAAGCCGAUUGACGCGAAGAAGUCUCAUGCUGGCAGUCUAUGGACCAAGGAUGUCCCCCAACCUUUGCCAAUACCUCCGAAGGUUUCCGCGCGUCCGGUUACUCAGCGCCCGCCGCGAAGGAACAAGCGUGUCACACUCCUCCCUGAUAUUCUCGAGAGUCCUAAACCUCUGCCAGACAAGCGAGGCACUCUUGGCAUCUUCCAGUUCCCCUGGGGCGAAAAGAGUGAGAACGCGACCUACCAACCGCCGCGGCAGACAUUCAUGGCAAUGCCUGGCACUAUGACCUCUGGCGCGCCUCGUAUGAGUGCAACUUUGGAGGCAAGGGCGAGGCAGAUUGAGGCCGAUGAAUACUCGUCAUCCUUCUACGACGACUACGAUGAAGAGGCGGAAGGCGGCAACUUCGAUGAGUUCGACUACGAGGACAGCGAGGCUGACGAUUUUGAUGAGACGACUCUGUGGGAGAUCGCCAGCUUGCUGAAAACAGACAUAUCUUCCAACAACAGUUUGCUUUCGGCGCCUCUGAGCAACUAUGGCCUCCAGCAGUACAUGGAUCAGAUACGAUCCGACGACGAUGAUGAGCCCAAUGAGAUGGCGCUCGACUCGGACGAUAUAUCUGAUGAGCGGGAUGCUACAGAUUUCGAUAUCAUGGUUGAGGAGCCGAUUCCCACGAUUGCCGUUUCUCCCACAACUGACGGACCUACACUAUGGGUAGCCAAAGAAACGACCGAAUUGCCUCAUAGCAAGGGACUUCCCCAACCUGACGAGGCGGUCUGGCAGAGCUAUAUCCCAGCAGGAGCUGAAAUCGUUCGAUCUCAAGCCCGUGUCGACGAUAUCGUUCCUAUCGAGAGCACACAACUGUGGACGCCCAGGAUAAUUAAACAGCUCUGGGUGGCCAAGACUACGACAAUGGUACGCAACUUUGGUCUGCCCCAACCGGCCCUUUCUGUUUGGGAGACGUAUCUGCCGGAAGCCACUGGCAUUGUCCGAUCGCAGGCUCGCAUCGAUGAAAUCACCCCUAUUCAGAGCACUCAAAUGUGGCAACCGAAAACCAUUAAGCAACUCUGGGUCGCCAAGGCCGCCGAGCCAUUAAGGGGCUUCGGCUUGCCACAACCGGCCCUCGUUGUUUGGGAGACGUAUCUGCCGGAAGCUACUGGCGUUGUCCGAUCGCAGGCUCGCAUCGAUGAAAUCACCCCUAUUCAGAGCACUCAAAUGUGGCAGCCGAAAACCAUUAAGCAACUCUGGGUCGCCAAGGUCACUGAGCCACUGAAGGGCUUCGGCCUGCCACAACCAGCUGAGGCCGUUUGGGAGCGUUACAUCCCAGCGAACGUUGAUAUGGUCCGGACGCAAGCACGCAUCGAGGAGCUCUCUGCCCUAGAGAGCACACAGAUGUGGAUGCCCAAAAACACUAUCCGUCUAUGGGUAGCCAAGGCUGCCGAGGCACCCAAGUCCUUUGGUCUGUCACAGCCAACUGAUGCCGUCUGGGCAAGCUACAUUCCGGUCAACGUCGAUAGGGUUCGGUCUCAGGCCCGCAUCGAGGAACUCUCUGCCCUAGAGAGCACACAGAUGUGGAUGCCCAAAAACACUAUCCGUCUAUGGGUAGCCAAGGCUGCCGAGGCACCCAAGUCCUUUGGUCUGCCACAGCCAACUGAUGCCGUCUGGGCAAGCUACAUUCCGGUCAACGUCGAUAGGGUUCGGUCUCAGGCCCGCAUCGAGGAACUCUCUGCCCUAGAGAGCACACAGAUGUGGAUGCCCAAAAACACUAUCCAUCUAUGGGUAGCCAAGGUUGCUGAGGCACCCAAGUCCUUUGGUCUGUCACAGCCAAUCGAUGCCGUCUGGGCAAGCUACAUUCCGGUCAACGUCGAUAGGGUUCGGUCUCAGGCACGUCCCGAGGAGCUCGCUUCUCUCGAAAGCAUGCAAAUGUGGACACCUGAGCAGAUUGCACAGAUUGCUCAACUAUGGGAAGCCAGAACAAGCACCAAGACACGUGGUACGGGACUUCCCCAGCCAGACGAGGCCGUAUGGAAUAGCUACUUGCCAACUGGUGACUUUGUCCGUUCGCAACCGCGCAUGGAGGAGAUCGCCCCUAUCGAGUCUACAGACUUAUGGCAACCUAGCAUGGAAGAGAUGGACGAGCCAGCUGGACUCCUUUGGGCUGCCACAGUGUCGCGUAUUUCCCAGCAGCUGGAUGUCGCUAUUAAAUCAGUGGAGGAUGCUGUGAUGGUCACUCCUGACAUGAGCAGCCAAGCCACAGAGACUCAACCUCGGCUAUUACUGUGGGAGCAGCCAAGCUCUGAAAACGACCCACAGGUGGAUGGUUUGUUCAACACCAGCUUCAAGAGAUCGGAUUACCGUAGGACCUCAAAGAUUCCUGCAGCAAUCUCUAUGAUGAGAGCGCCUCGCCUUACUCAGGAGCCUCUUCAGCAGCUCAGCACACGAAACUUGUGGAAACUCUCGACAACGUCGGCUGUUGAGACAUUGAACAAUGGCUCACUUUUGUGGUUUAAACGUUCUGGCGAAGCAAUUGGUGUCUCAAGUCUGUUCAAAGUUGACUCUGAGCGUAAAGUCUAUCGGACGACCUCGGCCGAGCCUGCAGCCCUGCACAUGACCAGCAAGCCGCGAGUGAUUGAAGAACCUCUUUCAAAACUGCAAUCCACAGAGUUGUGGGCUGCCAGUACGACGACUGUUGAGGUGGACUGGAUCACAAUGUCCACCAUCAGCCCGCAGAGCCCAUCGGUGGCCUCAAUUCCCUCGUCUCCCUCAUCACUCGUUUCUCCCACAACGGAGACGUCGUCAGCCGCUACAUCUACCAAGAGUGGCUUUAGUUUCCGUAGCUGGUGGGGCAAGAAGCAGUCCGAGUCUGAGGCCGCAGUACUCCCCGAGUUGCCUGAAGUCCCUGUUGUCAGUAAAGACCUGGACGUUGAGUUGUCAUCGUCAGAAAUGACGCCUUAUGUCCCACUCCGGCAACAAUACCGACCUGCUGUAGUCUACCGGGAGGACUGGGACGCAGCUCUGCGUGAGGCAUACAACGCUAGCUAUCCCAGUACCAAGUUUGUCCGCAUCAACGCUUCGAAAGCACAGUGGAACGACGAGCUUCAGCAGGCCAUCAGGGCGAGCCACUUAGCCCCCAAGAUCACUCGUAGAUCCGCUUCGCCACAGGAAUGGUCGGCCGCUCUCAGCCAAGCUAUCGCCGCCAGCUACCCCCAGCACAGGUUCUCUCGUGGACAAGUUCUGCCCGCGCAAUGGGACGCUGAACUUCAGGAGGCUAUAGCUCGAUCGCAACAGACCAUCUUUGAUGUCUCCAAGCGUCACCCCGUCUUCUUCGGCUCCAUAACUAGCAUCUCCGACAAUGUACACCCUGCCAUGUCUGGCCUCGCACAACCUUCUCCAGACAACCUUCCCAAGACGACGCAGCCGCUGCUCUGGUCGCAACCCGCCCAGGCUGUCAAUGAAGCCCCCAAGGUCCUGUGGACUCCCUCCGCAGCCCGUGCAGCGCGGGCCGCUUCACCGCAACUCCCGGAAAUCGAGAGCGAAUCUCGAAGCCAUCAUCUCCAGGCAAUGUCUGCGGAUACCGAGAUCACUCUCGAUGCCGAUUUUGGCGUUCAGGGCAUGUGGAAGUACGGGGGUGGAAACCUCAGCCGCCGGCAGAACUCGAUUCCAGACAGGGACUGGCUCGUUGAUACGAUGAAGAAGCGUUUCUCUAGCGUUGAGCUCCGGUAUUGA